GUUUGCUUUACGGUCGCCUCUGCUUUUGCAGCCUUCGCCGCCACUGUCGUCAAGCGAGCGACCUCCCGCCACAGCGCAGCAGGAGCUACCAAUCACUCCAAAAAGAUGAAAAGGGUCGAGCUACUUUCAAAUGCCAAUCGAGUGAGCCCCGAAGACUAAUGAGUAGAAUCAACAAGAACGUGGUUUUGGCUCUUCUAACUCUAACAAGUUCGGUGUUUCUGCUGUUUCAGUUGUACUACUACAAGCACUAUUUAUCAUCAAAGAAUGGAGCUGGUUUCUCAAAAAUCAGAGGCAGCCACGUGGGACAAGAUAGCACACAAUGGCGUGCGGUUAAGAAGUUUCUUAUGGUAGCAUCUAGUCAAAACGUACCCGUGACGCUUAUCGAUCCUUUAGUUCUGGAACUGAUUCAUAGAGACUUUGAACGACUCGAAGACUCUUCUGACGGCAAGACCUCCGAGUGCAAGUAUUUCUGUGCUGUCCGAGAUGUCACCACGUUUGCAGUCCUGGACAAACAAUGGAAAAACGAAGUGGGUUGGUUUCAAGCUGCUGAGAAAAUGGGAUUCCAGUGGGUCGAGAUUGAGAGCAAAGACCCCCGCCUGGAAGGGAUGGAUUACCUCUCGGGGACCGAAAUCCCCCUGCACUACGUCUUCAGGCUGGCAGCCCACACCGUCCACCUCGUGGUGUUGUACGAGAGGAGCGGCAACUAUCUCUGGCACGGCCACUUGCGACUGAAGCAGCACGUGGACCGCAAAUUUGCGCCUUUCCGAAAACUGCAUUUUGGCCGUCACCCUGGGGCUUUGGACAAGCCAGAACUACUCCACGUUUCUAUUGAUGGAAUACAAGUUCAGAUUCCAAAAGAUCCGGGCCACUUUCUAGAGGAUAUAUCACACUCUAGAUUUCUUGAGUGUAGAUUCAAAGAUGCUCGUGCUUUCUUUCAGCAGUACCCUGAUGACGUCUCUCUGGAAGCGGUAGAAUUUCGGAAAAAAGCCAAGGCAUUAUUACACCUGGCCGCUCUGACGUUACAAAGUUUGGGAGUCCGAUUCUGGCUGAGCAGUGGAACCUGUCUCGGUUGGUAUCGACAGUGCAAUAUAAUUCCUUACAGCAGAGAUGUGGAUUUGGGGAUUUUCAUACAAGACUACAAGUCGGACAUUAUUCCAGCAUUUCAGAAGGCAGGACUUCCUCUUAAACACAAGUUUGGGAAGGUAGAAGACAGCUUGGAACUCUCCUUUCAGGGAGCAGAUGAUGUGAAACUUGAUAUUUUUUUCUUCUAUGAAGAGAUUGACCACAUGUGGAAUGGAGGCACACAGGCUAAAUCGGGAAAGAAAUUCAGGUACCUUUUCCCCAAGUUCACCCUGUGUUGGACUGAAUUUGUAGAACUGAAGGUCCGUGUGCCCUGUGACACCAUCCAAUACAUCAAAGCCAACUACGGCGAGAACUGGAUGAUUCCCCUGAAGACGUGGGACUGGAAGAGCUCUCCUCCCAACGUGCAACCCAACGGGGCCUGGCCAGUGGCUCAGUGGGACGAGGUCAUCCAAGUGUACUGAGCCACCUGGCUGAACUGACGUCUCCUUUCUUCUCCCAAGCAGGGGGAAUUGUUUCCAUUUCAGGCAGCGAAGGUGCACCGUUUGCCCACUCCGUUGGAGAAAAGCAGAAGGGAAAUUGCAGCCUCGACGCACCGGUCCGUUUGUUCGAUCAGGGCUCGGCCUUGCCACCGCUUGAAGCCAGGAGGCCCCAGGGCUAAGACGACUGGGGGUUCGAGCUGGGGUUAGUACUUGGGGGAAGAGAGUUUGAAUCCAGAGCCGAAACUGAGAGGGUAUUUAUUUCAAAGUUCAGGAGAUGAUCUGCCAGAAGACCUAAGGGGCUGGCCUCAGCCUAGUGAAAGGAAAAAAUCCUGAAUCGAAUGGUUGCAUAACGUAAGUGGUACUGAUGAAAUUGAUGCUAGUUUAUAUUGAAUGUACUUGAUAGGGGCUGUGCUCCCCACGGAUGGAUUAUGGAAAAAGACUUUUACUAACCUUCUAACCACUGUCUAAAAAGGUGAGACACUGGCCAAGAGGUCAGAUGGAAAUGUGCUAACUACAAGGUCCCAGCCCACGAUUUUUUUUGUUAUACCGUCCUUCCCGAGUGAAGUAAAAAUAGGUGUGCUCAGUUCUCCUUUAACACGUUUCCAUUACGUGACUGGGUUAGGACCCUAUUGAGGAACGAGAGCACAUUGUUCCCAUAACAUGCAUUGAGCUGACUACGGGGGGAUUCGCAAAUAGGCAUAGGUAGGUUUGGUGUUGUGACCUGAUACGUGCGUAUAAUAUCGGGCGAGGCAGGAAUACCGUAUCAUCAGUUUUCUAUACAGCACAGGGUCCUUCAAGAACACGGCUUCUUUGCGAUAAAACUGCUGACCGUGUUCUCGUGGCUCCAGCUUUUAAGUUUUCACAGCUUUCCCCUCUCCUUCCUACAUCCACGUUAGCCACAGAUCCCCACUCAUUGCCCACAAAUAACAUCUAGGCUUUUCAGACUUAGAGAGAAGCCAUUGGAGUCCUUUCAUGGAGCAAGAUGGAUUGAGCAGUAGUACAUUUUGCACUGGACUAACUCAUGGGUGAGAAACAUAAAUCUCCUGGGAGAAAUUGUCCCAAUGUUCAGUUCUGAAAUUUGCUUGUAGAAAUUGUAAUUCAGAUUACUUUCCUUUCACGAGUUGAUCAUUCCUAGCUAAAAUAACACUGGACUUUUAAAAGUAGGUCAUAUCCGGCACUACAGAAAUUUUUAUGGUGAUGGAGAGAAGUUGAGAGUAAUUUGCUUUGUCGAAGGGAAAAUGACCUCUGCCCUCUUUUUGGGCAUUCAAAAUUGCCUAAUCUUCUGCUAAAUAACUUGAACAUAGUUGACGUCAGUGCACUGCCUGAUAAUGCAAUGUGGAGCUUCAUUUUUAUCUUGACAGCCCCAGAAUGAAAAGACGGUAUUGACAGCACCUGGAUAAAACAGUUGCUAUGUUCUCCUAGCUGGAAAAAAAAAAUAAGGGAAACACCCCUUCUUCCUUGAAGUAAAGCAGUGGCUCAAAUAUGAGAAGUGUGUACUUAGCUAAAUAUGCUGUGGUAUUGAUGAAAUUAAUGUUAGUGUGUAUUGAAUGUACUUGUUAGGCUGGUGUUUACACAGAAUUUGUAAGCUAUGAGUCAGUGCUUGACUGUUGAAUAAAUUUUUUUCUAAUCUA